CUUUGUUGUGAGCACAGGACAGCAAAGUUUGCUGCUCCCCACCAGCCUUGCGGCGUUUGGGCUGAUCACUAGGAAGGCAGCAGAAAGAGAAACUCGGUUUGAACUGCACCUGGAGCAUUUAGUCUUCCCCUUUUCCCAAAUUAAGAAGGAGACGGACGUUUACCUGCCCUCUGCUGCUCUCCAAGGGAUCCCCUAUGAAGGCAACCUGCUGGGUCCUGGCAGGUUUUUACCUGCUUUUCUGCUGCAAAGCAGAAGAGGGACUGAAUUUCCCCACGUACGAUGGGAAAGACCGAGUGAUCGAUCUGAAUGAGAAGAACUACAAGCAGGCCCUGAAGAAGUACGACAUGCUCUGUCUGCUCUUCCAUGAGCCUGUGAGCUCUGACAAGGUCUCCCAGAAGCAGUUCCAGAUGACAGAGAUGGUCCUGGAGCUGGCGGCUCAGGUCUUGGAGCCCAGGAGCAUCGGCUUCGGGAUGGUGGACUCCAAAAAGGACGCCAAACUUGCCAAAAAGUUAGGCUUGAUUGAAGAGGGAAGUCUCUAUGUGUUUAAGGAGGAGCGGCUGAUUGAAUUUGAUGGGGAACUGGCCACAGAUGUCUUGGUGGAAUUCCUCUUGGAUCUGCUAGAAGACCCUGUGGAGAUCAUAAACAACAAGCUGGAGCUUCAGGCCUUUGACCAAAUUGACGAGGAAAUCAAACUCAUCGGCUACUUCAAAGGAGAAGACUCUGAACAUUAUAAGGCAUUUGAAGAAGCUGCCGAACACUUCCAGCCGUACAUCAAGUUCUUUGCCACCUUCGACAAAGGGGUUGCCAAGAAACUAGGUCUGAAGAUGAACGAGGUGGACUUCUAUGAACCAUUUAUGGAUGAGCCUGUUCACAUCCCUGAUAAGCCUUACACAGAAGAGGAGCUGGUAGAAUUUGUGAAGGAGCACAAAAGGGCCACCUUGCGGAAGCUGCGCCCGGAGGACAUGUUUGAGACAUGGGAGGAUGACAUGGAAGGAAUCCACAUUGUGGCCUUCGCUGAAGAAGACGACCCAGAUGGUUUUGAGUUCCUGGAAAUCCUGAAGCAGGUUGCCAGGGACAACACCGAUAAUCCCGACCUGAGUAUUGUCUGGAUUGACCCCGACGACUUUCCUCUGCUGAUCACUUACUGGGAGAAGACCUUCAAGAUUGACCUGUUCAGACCACAGAUCGGGGUGGUGAACGUCACAGACGCUGACAGCAUCUGGAUGGAGAUCAGAGACGACGAUGACCUGCCCACAGCCGAGGAGCUGGAAGACUGGAUAGAGGACGUGCUUUCUGGGAAGAUAAAUACAGAAGAUGAUGACAAUGACGACGAUGACGAUGAUGACGACGACGAUGAUGACGAUGAUGAUGAUGAUGACGACGACGACGAUGAUGACGAUGACGAUGACUAACUGUGACUCUGUGCAGUUUGACUUGUGGGGGCUAAGAGGCCUCCCCCUCAGGCAGGUCCCUCCAUCAGAAGACCUGCGUUUGAGCGUCAGCAAGCACCACUGCUCCUCUUUCCCCGCUGCCCGGCUCCCCCUGCCCCUGCCCGGACCCCCCAGCCUGAUUCUCAAUGGUGCUGAGCCACUGGGACUGCCCCUGUGGUGGGCGGCACCUGCAGGCACCCAGCACCGCUGCAAAUCAUGCCUCCUUAGUAAGGACAAUAGGAAUCUGCAGGGAAUCUGCUCCAAGUGUCCCAGAGCAGGAGAAAAGUGGCUGCCUGCUCACUGCCAGAGGGACACAGGGAGCCAGUUUGUACCCUCCAUGCUCAUCGGCCCAGCACUUAACAUCCAAAGACCAAAUUUCACUGCAAGACAUAGGGAAGGCCACUGUAAAGUGUAGUCCUUUUAUUAAACACAACGCCCUUUGCAGCUACUCUGACAAGACCACUCAAUCCUGCAAGUUUUGCUA